AUGGCUCUCUUCCAUUCCUACGCUCUUCCACUGUUAUCCACUCUCUCACCCUUCUCAUCCAAACCUCUCUCUAUAUCUCCACCUCAUUCUCUCACCACAACCACUUAUUUCAACAAUACACCUCUUUUUGUCUCUACACCCCCUAAAAAAUUGCUCCGCAAACCACCUCAAGGAAAACAUGUCAAAGAUGACUAUCUCGUGAAAAAGUUUUAA